AAUAUUUAAGUUAUCUAAAAAGACUGAUUCUUUGUUAGUCCCACUAAAAAUAAUUAAGAGCUAGUUUGGUGUAAUGGUUAACAUGCUGGUUUAGAAAUUAGGAGGCUCAGAGUUCUAGUCCAGCUUUAGGCAUGAAAGCUAGCUGAAUGACUUUGGGCCAAUCUCCCUCACAGAGUUGUUGUGAGAGAAAAAAACGAGGAAGAGCAUCGCGAAUGUUUGUGUUCUUGCGUUACCUGGUAAAGUAAUAAAAGCAGGACAAAAAUCCAGUGCAUUAAAAAUAAAUGAAAUAAAUAAAUAAAUGCUACAGUUGAUAGGUCGAUGGUGGCGACGCUUCCCCCACGGAAUCCCGAGGUAAAUGGUCGCCAGCACGCUUGGGCUCCAGGUCCUUGCUCUGGACGAGGCAGAUCCACCCCCUGGAUUAAGUGAUUGGCUACCUUCCCUCCCUCUUUCUCUCCCUUCGACUUGCUGACAUCUUCCCCAAAGAAGGGGAAUCGGGAAGCGCUAGGACCGAGCAUGCUCUCAGAGACCGCUGGAAUCUCUUCUGUGCAGAGUGGUUGCUGCCGCCGCUGCCGCUGCCAUUUCUCCUCGCGUUCCCCGCUUAGAGAGAGAGAGAGAGAAAAGGAGGGGAGAGGGAGGUUACCGAGGCUGACUGAACUCAAGCGCUGGACUGCCAAGGACUCCCACUGCCCGCCGCUGUUUCUGCUGCUGCUGUUCCUGCUCUGGACAAGUGUGGAAAGCAGAGCGAGGAGGGCGGGGGGGAAGGAAGGAGGAGAAAGGCAGAGGGGAACUCAAGCUUGAAGGAGAGAGGGAAGCCCCGAGAAAGAAGGGAAGAAUCCGCUCUUCUCCUUCUCCAUGGCUGAAGGAAAGAGGCUGAAGCCGAGGAAAGUGUGAGGCGCGCUGGGGAGGGAGACCGAUUCGUAACUUUCCGACGCCUCGAACCCGUUUGAGAAGCUGGGAGGAAGAAAUCUGCCUCCUUCCAUGCUCCGGUCACUUCAGCGCUUCGGGAGAUUCAAUGCGCUGAUUCCGGACUCUUUCUGGCUUUCCUUCUUGAGGUAACUUUUGGGAAGUCUCGCCGCUGCCGCCGUUGGUAGAAACGCCCGGAGGAGAACGGGGAGAGAGAGCCUUGGAAGAAGUCCUGAAGGAGAAGAAAAGAAGGGAGAAAGUUUCGCCUAAAAAAACCCGCCGGAGAUUUCUCUCUCUCUCUCUCUCCUUUCUUCCCCUCCAGCUGCCUCUGUUAGUGGAGGGGGUAGAUAAAGCGCCGAGAAGAUGAUCUGGAAGGGCAACUGCUGCUGCGGAGGUGUCCGAAGCGGAGGAGAUUUUCUCUGCCUGCUCCUUCUCUUGAUGGGUUUCUUAUUGCCCGCCUGCAGGACUCGCUUGUACACCAACCACUGGGCUGUGAGGAUAAGUGGCGGGCUCCAAGAAGCCAACCGGAUAGCGAGCAAGUACGGCUACAUCAAUAUAGGACAGAUUGGGGCACUGAAGGAUUAUUACCAUUUUUACCAUAGUAAAACAUUUAAAAGGUCUGUUGUCACAAGUAGAGGUACUCACAACUUCAUUUCCAUGGAGCCAAAGGUAGAAUGGAUAGAACAACAAAUUGUGAAAAUAAGGAAAAAGAGAGAUUACAAACCGGGUAGCAUCCAGUCCAUGUAUUUUAAUGAUCCUAAAUGGCAAAGUAUGUGGUACAUGCAUUGCAGUGAUAAUACACAUCUUUGUCAGUCAGAUAUGAAUAUUGUUGGUGCCUGGAGGAGAGGCUACACUGGAAAGAAUAUUGUAAUCACCAUUUUGGACGAUGGCAUUGAGAGAAACCAUCCAGACUUGAUGCAGAAUUAUGAUCCAGAUGCCAGUUUUGAUGUCAAUGGUAAUGAUAUUGACCCCAUGCCUCGGUAUGAUGCCAGCAAUGAAAACAAACAUGGAACCCGUUGUGCUGGAGAAGUGGCAGCUACAGCAAAUAACUCACAUUGUAUAGUAGGAAUUGCAUUUAAUGCCAGAAUUGGAGGAGUGCGGAUGUUAGAUGGUGAUGUUACAGACAUGGUAGAAGCAAAAUCAUUGAGCCUCAAUCCACAACAUAUACAUAUCUACAGCGCUAGCUGGGGUCCUGAUGAUGAUGGAAAAACAGUUGAUGGACCAGCUUCUUUAACACGCCAGGCCUUUGAGAAUGGAGUCAGAACGGGCAGAAACAACUUGGGCUCCAUUUAUGUGUGGGCAUCUGGAAAUGGUGGAAGAAGUAAGGAUCAUUGCUCGUGUGAUGGCUACACCAAUAGCAUCUAUACCAUCUCCAUCAGUAGCACAGCUGAAAGUGGAAGGAAACCUUGGUAUCUAGAAGAAUGUGCAUCAACAUUAGCUACAACCUACAGCAGCGGAGAAUCCUAUGACAGGAAAAUAAUCACUACAGACCUCAGACAGCGUUGUACAGACAGUCAUACAGGGACAUCAGCUUCUGCACCUAUGGCUGCAGGAAUCAUUGCACUGGCACUGGAAGCCAAUCGUUUACUAACAUGGAGGGAUAUUCAACAUAUUAUUGUAAGGACGUCAGGAGCUGGACAUCUAAUUGCCAAUGACUGGAAAACCAAUGCAGCUGGUUACAAGGUUAGCCACUUAUACGGAUUUGGAUUGAUGGAUGCUGAAGCCAUGGUGGUAGAAGCAGAAAAGUGGACAACAGUCCCCCCACAGCAUGUCUGCAUUGAGAACACAGAUCGACAAAUCAAAACAAUACGACCAGAUAAUAUUCGUAAUGGACCAGAUAAUGGAGUUCGUUCAAUAUACAAAGCCACAGGAUGUGCAGAUAAUACUAAUCACCAUGUAAUAUAUCUAGAACAUGUGGUGGUACGAAUCACUAUUACACACCCUCGAAGAGGUGAUCUGGCAAUUUAUUUAACUUCUCCUUCUGGAACAAGAUCUCAGCUAUUGGCUAACAGGUUAUUUGACCAUUCUAUGGAAGGUUUUAAAAACUGGGAGUUUAUGACAACUCACUGCUGGGGUGAAAAAGCAGCUGGUGACUGGAUUUUAGAAAUCUAUGAUACUCCAUCUCAACUAAGAAAUGUAAAGACUCCAGGUAAAUUGAAAGAAUGGUCCUUAGUACUUUAUGGGACAUCUAUCCAGCCUUACUCCCCAAGAAAUGAUUUUUUAAAAGGCGAACGAGUACGCAUGAGUGCAAUUGAAGACCCUACAGAAGAUUAUGGAGUAGAUGACUAUUCAGGUCCCUGCAAUGCAGAGUGCAGUAAGGUUGGAUGUGGUGGACCAGGGCCAGACCAUUGCAAUGAUUGCCUACACUAUUACUAUAAAUCUAAAAACAAUACACGAAUCUGUGUUCCCAACUGUCCACCUGGUCACUAUAGUGCGGACAAGAAACGUUGUAAAAAGUGUUCACCCAACUGUGAAACAUGUUUUGGAAGUCAUAGUGAUCAAUGUAAUACCUGUAAACCUGGUUACUUUAUCCAUGAAGAAUCUAGAAACUGUAUUACCUCCUGCCCAGAGGACUUUUACCUGGAUAAUAAUAAGAUUGUUUGCCGUAAAUGCAGUGAAAAUUGUAGGUCAUGCACUGAAUUUCAUACAUGCACAGAAUGCAGACCUGGUCUAAGUUUACAAGGAACAAGAUGUGUUAUACGCUGUGAAGCAGGCAAAUAUUAUAAUGGCAGAGACUGUGAGCCAUGCCAUCAUUCCUGUGCUUCUUGUGAAGGCCCAGGAGCAGAUGCUUGCAUCAAUUGCACAGAAGAGUAUUUCAUGGAGAAUGGGAAAUGUGUGGUAGCUUGUAGGAAUGGCUACUAUUUGGAUCACUCAAUAGAAAAUGGACAUAAAACUUGCAAAAGAUGUGAUGUCAGCUGUUUUGGGUGCAGUGGUCCAGGAGAAAGAAACUGUACAAGUUGUCCAAAUGGCUACAUCUUAGAUACAGGUCUCUGUGUAGUUGGUCUUGUCUGUAAAGAUGCAACGGAAGAGUCUUGGGCAGAAGGCGGCUUCUGUAUGCUAGUGAAAAAGAAUAAUCUUUGCCAGCGGAAAGUACUUCAGCAACUUUGCUGCAGAACAUGUACACUAAAAGGUUGAUUUGGCUCCUCUCCAGGCAUUCUUGUUCCGGUAGACUUAUAGAUUAAUCCAUAUUAUUAAAAAUGGGGAAACCCCCCCUAAAACCACCUUUUUUCUUCCUCUUUCUCUUUCUCCCCUUUGGGGAGGCAGUGAACUGUAUAUUGGAACUUAAAAUAUAAAACUACAACGAGCCUACCUUUCAUUACUGGGUGUUCAGAAAAAAAAACAUCUGGGAUCACAGUGUCAGUAGGGUGUGACCAAAGCAUUUGAUGCCAAAUUAAAGUCAUUUGACUUCCUGUCAAUUUAAGGACAUGCCUGGAUAUAUAUUUUUUUCAAAAAUCUGCUUUUCUUUUUUUUUUCUGCUUGUUUCCCUUGAAGAUGUGUAGAGUGCGCCAACAAUACAGCACAAGUUUACAAUGGAUUAAAACAAAACAAAAAACAUACUCGCAUUAGUCUUUUCUUUUUUGUCCUCAUGUAAUAAGAACGAGAAGAACUCUGAAAAGAAAUAACAUUUUUCUUGUUGGAAGCUCAUGCUCUGUGUGCAUUAUGGUGGUGUCUGCAUUAUUUUUUAGCGUGAUUGUAUGUUGGGUAGCAUUUGCUUGGAUUCAUUUUAUCACGUUGCUAAAUUCUCCAAAAGCUUUUCAGAAUUCUGGCCAGAUCAAACAGUAUGUUUUUUAAAGAUAAAUUUCAAAGUUUUAGGCUUCAUUCUGGUAUGAAUAAACUCUGAAAGAUGCAAGAACCCUCCCUUUUUAAGUGUAGCUUUUAUACUUGAACUGGAAUCCACCAAUAUCCAUAAGGUAGAGUGUGAACUUUUAAAACUUUGAUACCAAUAUAUUUCUUUGGAUAUGGGCCAUGACUUCAGAUCAGUCAAGUUAAACAUAAAAAUUAAAGGAAAUAAUUUUAAAUAAAAUCUAAUUUAACUGAACCAAAUAAUCCAGGGUGUCAAGCUCGCAGCCCAUGGGCCAGAUGGGUCAUACACUGGUCAUGCCCACCCUAACUCCACAAAGGGGAAAAACAUCGUGUCACAUGAUGACAUGAUGCUGCGAAUUUGACACCUGUGAAAUAGUCUAUCAAAUAUCAAAAAGCAGUAAGAAGCAAUCAAAUAUCAGUUCAUAUAAUAUACAUAGAAGACUAUGAGUAGACCAAAUUAAUUUCAAUCUUAACAAAAAUACAUAUCAUACAUUAGUUUUUUAAAAAAAGAACUUUCCAAAAAUCUAUUGAUAUUUCUUUUUGCAUAUUUACUUUUACAUACCUUUAUGUUUAUCAUUUAUUUUCCUUUAGCUAACAUUAGAUCCUUUUAUUAAUACUUUUUGAAACUCGAAUUUUCCUACCAAAUAUUUCAUACAUUUAUUAAAGUGUGAUGCAUACAUGAAUAUGUCAAAUACUCCACUAAAUAAUAUCAUGUUUAGUUUAUGCGAUAAAAUAAGGUAUAUGAACAGAGCUUGUAAGGGUUUUUUUUUUACAUAAAAGUGAACAAAAUUAGCACAUAUACAUGUAUGGAUUUCAAUAUCCCUUCAGCAAGUAAAUAUGCAUUGGCUCAUGCAUAGGUUAUUUUAUAUGUAGUAUGCUCAAUACAUUCAUGAUAUAUUGCUUUCUGAACAAAGUAAAUUCUCUGGAUUUCAGCAAUUGCUAAAAAUGAAUAGAUAUGAAAUCCAGAAGCAAUGGUACUACUAUAAACAUUUGUGUGAUCUAUACCUAUAACUGGAAUUAAUAUACUAAGCCAAAUUUUACUCUUAAUGUGCAUGCAUUAUCAGUAUUCCAUCAAGAGUGAAAUAAUUUGUUAUUAUUGUGCAAUAGUAGAAAACAUAAAGUCCUAAACAUAAAGCUUUCUGCUAUCAUAUAAUAUGUUGAGAAAAUCCCAAAAAUAAGUUUCAAAUUUCAUAGUAUUUUCUAUAUUCUAUUUUAAUACUGAAAAUAGUAUUAAAAUAUAAUUUGUGCAUUUUAAUUAAUUUUCAAAGCAUUCAUGUAGCAGAAAAUAUAAGAUAAUUCUGCCAUUCUUAAUUGUUUUCAUUGUAUAUAGCACAGAUCUAUAUGAAAUAAUGUUUUUAUUUAUCCUGAAAAAAUAGGGCUUCCUAAACAUUACAAAUUAUAUAGAAAUUAAUCUUUUUUCAAUAUAAAUAAAUAUGCAGAAAAAUCAUCUUGCUCACCAUCAAAUUAUUUAGAAAUAAAUUUAUUUUAAGAUUAAAAUGAAUAAUUAUCACCUUGAAAACUCAUUUCAUUUAAAAUCCUCAGUAUUUAUUAUUAUAACUUGAAACAUUUAACAGACCAGCAAAAAGGUAAAGGUGUUUUGAUACUGCCAUUCAUAGUCUCAAGAAUAUUUUCACUAUUUUUUAUGAUUUGCACAAAAUCUAGCUAGCUAUCUUUUUUUAUUUAUAUUCUAGAAAAAAGGUAGAUGUAAGAGAAAUUCUAGUGUUACAAGAUACAUAGUUACAUAGUACACAAUCCUAUGCUGUUUUAGCAAAACUUCAAAUGGAGAAAAAAACUUUUCUUAAAUAUACUAAAGAUCAGCACAAUGUGACAAAGGCAUUUGUCCAAAGUAAAUUCUAGACAAUAUUUUAAAAACAUAUUUCUUUUUACCAUCUCUCUUAUUCUAAAACUUAAACUAAGAUCUUAAAGAGAUGGCUUCAAUAAGGAGAAAAAGGAGGUUCAAAGAAAUUGGCUGGAGUGAAAAACAAUC